CCCUUUUCCAAUCUCUCUUCCUGCCGCUGCCGCUGCUUGCUGCAGACGGUACUUGGGAGCUGCCGAGACCGGGCGAAGGCAGGGCGGGCACCCGGAGUUCUGAUCGGCACCUUUAGUACGGUUCCCCCUUUCCCCUCUCCCCCCUUCCUUUCCUUCCCUUCCUCCCCCAGAGGGAGGGCAGGAGCUGUGCAGAAGCCUGAGUGGAGCUGCCUGCCCUUAGCCUGGCCUGUGCUGCCCAGCCUGGCCUGGCCCUGGGUGUGGCUGCAGGACCGGGAACAUGGCUGUUGUCCUGAGCUUUUUGUGGACACUCCUUCUGUGGAGCCUCGGCCUGUGCAUCCAGAUUCCGAAAGAAUACCACAAACACAUGAUGCAGCCCCCUAACAUCACAGAGCAGUCCCCGGAGCGGCUGGUUGUCUUCCCCACUGAUGAGAUCAGCCUGAAGUGUGAGGCCAGUGGCAAACCUGAAGUCCAGUUCCGCUGGACUAAGGAAAACAUCCACUUCUCUCCUGAGAAGGAGCCUGGUGUGAUCACACAUAUGAACUCUGGUUCCUUCACCAUUACUGGCAACAACAGCAACUUUGCCCAUCACUACCAGGGCACCUACCGAUGCUUUGCCAGCAACAGACUGGGCACGGCUAUGUCCCAUGAGAUCCAGCUUGUGGCUGAGGGCGCCCCCAAGUGGCCCAAGGAGAAGGUGCAGCCCUUCGAGGUGGAGGAAGGUCAGUCCGUGGUCCUGCCCUGUAAUCCUCCAGCCAGCGUUGUGCAACCCCGAAUCUACUGGAUGAACAGCAGGAUCUUCCACAUCGCACAGGAUGAACGAGUGACCAUGGGCCAAAACGGAAACCUUUACUUUGCCAAUGUACUCACCAAUGACAGCCACUCGGACUACAUCUGCCACGCCCACUUCCUGGGGGCCAGAACUAUCAUGCAGAAGGAGCCCAUUGACCUCAGGGUCAAACCCACUAACAAUAUGAUUUACCGCCGGCCACGCUUGCUCCUGCCUGAAGGUUUGACCAGCCGUCUGGUGGCAUUGCGGGGCCAGCCUCUGGUUUUAGAGUGUAUCGCUGAGGGCUUCCCCACACCCACUAUAAAGUGGUCCUACCCAAGCAACCAGAUGCAGGCAGGCCGAGUGACCUACCAGAACUUCAAUAAGACACUGCGUCUGGUGAGGGUGGAGGAGGAGGACGAUGGGGAGUACCGCUGUUGGGCUGAGAACACCCUGGGGAUGGCGCAACAUGUCUACUAUGUCACUGUUGAGGCCGCCCCAUACUGGUUGCAGGAGCCUGAAAGCCUGGUUUUGGCACCAGGGGAGACUGCUCGACUCAACUGCCAAGUCCAGGGCAGGCCCCGCCCCAUGGUUACUUGGAGGAUCAAUGGGAUCUCGCUGGAAAAUCUGACCAGGGAUGACAAACUCAGAGUACAAGGAGGAGCAUUGAUCCUGAGUAACGUGCAGCCAAAUGACACCAUGGUGACUCAGUGCGAGGCCAGAAACAAGCACGGGCUCUUGCUUGCCAAUGCCUACAUCUUUGUUGUUCAGCUGCCCACCAAGAUCCUGACUCCAGACAGUAAGACUUACCGGGAGGUUCAAGGUAGCACCGCCUACCUGCUGUGUAAUGCCUUUGGGGUGCCCAUGCCCAGAAUCCAAUGGCUAACUCGGGAUCGAGCCACAGUCUUGCAGGAUGAACGCUUUGUCCCCUUUGCCAAUGGUUCUUUGGCCAUCCGGGACCUUCGGAUUAAUGAUACGGGAUCCUAUUUUUGUGAGGCUGACAACGAUCAAAACACGGUUGCUAUCCAGGCUCAUCUUCAGGUCAAAGAGGCCACCCAGAUCAAGAAGGGUCCCCAGAACCAGAUUGUCAAGAAAGGCUCGAAUGUGAACUUUAUGUGCCAGGUGUCUUUUGACCCCUCCCUGGAAAUUCAAAUCAAUUGGUACUGGAAUGAUCAAAACAUCAAGGACAUCUUCAGUGAUGACAAGUACAUCCUAAAGGAAGAGGAGUUGACCAUUAAAAAUUUGGACUAUUCUGACCAGGGUAACUACAGUUGUGUGGUCAAGACUGCCUUGGACUCAGUAGAGAAAAAGGCUGCACUCCUGGUGGUGGGGAGCCCUGGGCCUGUGGGCCAGGUAGAGCUGUAUAAACAGAAGGAUUUUCAAGUCCAGCUGUCCUGGAGCCCAGCAGAGGAACAUAACUCACCCAUUGAGAAGUACAACAUUUAUUUUGAGGACCGAACCUUAGACCCUGGGUUCUGGCACCAACUGGCCACAGUGCCUGGGAAUGAGACCUCAACCAAGCUCAAGCUGUCUCCCUUUAUCCAUUACAACUUCCGUGUUGUAGCCAGCAACAAGUAUGGUACCAGCGAUCCAAGUCCUGACUCGGAGCUCUUUGUCACCCCCAAAUCAGUACCAGAGAAGAACCCUUCAGAUGUCAAGGGGGAAGGGAACGAGACCAACAAUAUGGUCAUUACUUGGAUGCCUCUAAAAUGGAUGGAUUGGAAUGGGAUGGAAUUGAAGUAUCGCGUGCAGUGGCGUCAAAAAAAUGAGUCAGAGUGGCAGGAGGUUAUGGCGAGAGCCCCCAGUUUUGUGGUGUCUAACACACCCACCUUUGUGCCCUAUGAGAUCAAGGUCCAGGCGGUCAAUGAGGUGGGGAAGGGACCUGACCCUCAAAUUGUCAUUGGCUACUCUGGUGAGGAUGUUCCCCAGGCCAUUCCUAUAAUAGAUAUUGAGUCAUUGAAUGCAACUUCAGUGAAAAUCAAGUGGGGGCCUGUGGAUCUGAACAAAGUCAGAGGGCAUCUUCGUGGAUAUAAGGUGACGUACUGGUGGGUGAAUAGCCGCUGGAGUAGGAGCAAGAGACACAGCUCCAAAAUGUCCAUCGAGAGGCCCGCCAGCGCCACAGAAGCUGUCCUUUCAGACUUGCGGCCCUAUAGCAUCUAUAACGUACAGGUGCAAGUGUUCAAUGGUCGGGGCCUGGGUCCACCCAGCGAGACUAGGCAAUUCCAUACUGAAGAGGGAGUACCAGACCGCCCACAGUCACUGCAUCUGCGACGCCUGUCUGACACAGCCCUACAACUCUCCUGGAAACCUCCUCUCAACCCAAAUGGGGAGCUCAAAGGCUAUCAGCUUUUUUACGAGGCCAUUAAUCAGGAGACAGAAGAGAAAGAGAAAAAGAACCAGACCCUGCAUCCCACCAUACUGAUGCUCAACCUGAGCGGCCUCAGCCCCCAGGCUCUGUACCACUUCCAGCUUCGAGCCACCACCAGCGUGGGCCCUGGUGAAAUGAUCACCCAAGAAGGAAGCACCAUACUCAAGUCAGGGAUCCCAACUUUUGGAAACAUCUCGGCUGUGACCAGUGAGAAUGCAAGCACUAUUUAUUGGUCUCCAGAGGAGGGACAGCAUGACGUCACAUUCAAGAUAUGGUUCAAAUCUAUAGAAGGUAAGAAGCUUAUCCAGCCCCAGCAUGUCAAUUACAGUCAGAAAUUCUACAUUCAGGAGAACCUCGAGCCUGACACUCAGUACACCAUCUGCUUCUUUGGCUACAACUACACAGAUGAGAUGGUGCUUUUCAGGGAGAUGGAGGUGAAAACCGGUGGCACAGAUCGAGUGAAGCUGACGCCCGGGAACUUUGCCACCAAGAGCUGGUUUAUUGUCUUUAUAAGUGCCAUCAUCCUUCUCCUUCUCAUCCUUCUGAUUCUUUGCUUUAUCAAGCGCAGCAAGGGCGGCAAAUACUCAGUCAAGGAUAAGGAAGACACGCAGGUGGACUCUGAGGCCAGGCCGAUGAAAGAUGAGACAUUUGGCGAGUACAGGUCCCUGGAGAGCUUCUCUAUCCUUAAAUAUAGCGACAACGAAGAGAAAGGCUUCGGGAGCAGCCAGCCUUCCUUGAAUGGAGACAUCAAGCCCCUGGGCAGUGACGACAGCCUGGCCGACUACGGCGGCAGCGUGGACGUUCAGUUCAACGAGGACGGCUCCUUCAUCGGCCAGUACAGCGGCAAGAAGGAGAAGGAGGCCGCCGGAGGCAAUGACAGCUCUGGGGCCACUUCUCCCAUCAACCCCACCACUGUGACCCUGGAGUAGUCCAGCACUGCCCGGAGGCAGAGGGGCCCGCACGCUCCCACCCAGUCAGCUUCUGUCUCCUCGUCACCGAGGGGUUUCCUCCAUGCCGCUCCACCGGGAGCCCCUGGCCCUCUUCCUCCGUCCCCGGGUGGGUGGGACGCAAGGAUCAGGGGACCAGGGCAUCUCCGGAUCCCCUUCUCCUCAGCCCUUCCCCAUAUAAUUGCCAAAAAUGAAGUCCGCUCCUCCCCCAUCUCCGCACCCAGGUUUUCUCCCACCCAGGGACUAACCCCUACAUGUAAAGUUACCACAGCCGGCCCCACCCUAAGCCCCUUCUAGCUCUUUUCUCUGAGUGGUGACAGUUUGGGAGGGUAUGAAGGGUGAGCCCCAAGCAGUGUCUCCCAGACCCUGUGACCCUCACCCUCUGGAAGGGCUGGGGAGUGAUUUGGGGGAUGUGUAAAGCAUGCCUCUUUAGGACCAGGCUAGAGCCUCAUCCCUGCCUCGCCUCCUAGGCCAGGAAGGGGGUGCCGCUGGAUAGCCGAACGCCCCCUCCCCCAGCCCCUUUCUCCCUACCCCCUCUUCGGCCAGCCCGAGGCUGGAGAGGGGAAUCGGCCCGUGGCUGGGCUCAUCUCCGCCACGCCGAUGGCUCAAGAGUCCCCCCAUAGCAGGACCCCAACCCCUCCAUCCUCCAUCCCUUCCUCACUUUCCCCCAGGUCCCUUCACACUGCUUCCAGGUGCAUCUCAUACACAAGCUGCCUUUGUUACACACACAACGCUGGACAAGAAGCCGAGUGGCCUCUGUCAGUCGCCUGUCGAGCGUCUGACUCCCUCCCGCCUCCCCCGGGACCCAGUAUCCUGACCAUAUUCACUCCAUUCCCUGUCUCUUGGGUUGGGACGCAGAACACACAGACACAAGCUCUCCCCUAGUUCGUCACCCUCCCCUGGUGCACCUCCCCCUCCCCCAGCCAGUGCAUCCUUUCUCAGUGUAAAUACCUUGUGACUUUGGACAGUUUGUAGCCUCCUCUGCUCUCCCCCCCCACCCCACCCCCGCUAGUGUGUAGGCCCAUGUCUGAGUCUAGGUGGUUGCUAGGUUUCCAUAGCGAUUAGCUUUGAUAAUCCCAUCCCAAGGAAAAAAAACAAACACAAAAAAUAAAAAGGAGAGGGGGGAAAGUGGAAACUGUCACCCCUCCAGCAGCGCUGUCGCAGCCUCCGUCUGUACACGUCCGCUUGGUCUGUUGACAAACCCCGAUGCCCUCUUUUUAUAUUAUAUAUAUGUACAUAUAUGACAGAAUUAUAACAGUCAAAUAAAAACCUGGAAAUGUCA